AUGAGUUCAACAAUGACAAAAGGCAAAACUAGCAAACAAAUAUCAUGUAAAGUUCGCAUGCUAGAUGAUCAAGAAUUACCAUUUCAUAUUGAUCCGAAAGCAACUGGACAAGAUUUAUUUACUACAGUUUGUAGCUAUAUUGAUUUACUUGAAACUGAUUAUUUUGCACUUGAAUAUCUUGAUAGUCGUCGAAAUACUUGUUGGCUUGAAAUGGAUAAACCUGUACUUAAACAAGUUACUGAAACGAAAUUUUCAUUUUGUGUUAAAUUUUAUACACCCGAUCCUGGUCAAUUGGAAGAAGAAUUUACUAGGUAUCUUUUUGCAUUACAAAUAAAACGUGAUCUUAAUGCUGGUACACUACUAUGUAGUGAUAAUACUGCUGCUUUACUUGCAUCAUAUAUUGUUCAAGCGGAAAUUGGUGAUUAUCUUGAAUCAUAUAAUAAUAAUCCAAGUUAUUUAGGUGGUCGAAAAUUUUUUCCACAUCAAACAUCUGAACAUGAAGUUCGUAUAAUGAAUUUUCAUAAAAAUCAUGUUGGUCAACUUCCGGUUGAUGCCGAUCUUAAUUUACUUGAUAUUGCUCGAAAAGUUGAAUUAUAUGGUAUAAGAAUGCAUCCGGCUAAAGAUCAUGAACAAGUCAAUCUUAAUUUAUCAGUUGCACAUAUGGGAAUACUUGUCUUUCAAAAUAUAACGAAAAUUAAUACAUUUUCAUGGGCUAAAAUUCGUAAAUUAAGUUUUAAACGUAAAAAAUUUUUAAUUAAAUUACAACCAGAAGGCUAUGGUUAUUAUAAAGAUACAGUUGAAUUUUAUUUUGAUACACGUGAUGAAUGUAAAAAUUUUUGGAAAAAAUGUAUUGAAUAUCAUGCUUUUUUUCGUUGUGUUACGAUAAAACGAACACAACGUUCAAGAAGUAAAUUAUUAACACGUGGUUCAUCAUUUCGAUAUCAUGGUCGAACGCAAAAAGAAAUUGUUGAACAUGCACGUGAACAUUAUAUGAAAAAUCGAACAUUUGUUCGAUCUUAUUCAAAUACUCGAACAGUUGCACCAACAACUAAUCGUACACUUCGUUCACCUGGUACCGGCCUUAAAACAUCCGAUACAAUGCGUAGUCAAGACACAAAUCUAUCAUCUGUUGAUUCAGCUCGUCAACAUACGCGUCAAAUUGGAAUUCCAAUAACAACAACAACUGCAACAAAUAAUCAACCGACAACAGCAACGGGAACUACAGACAUAACAAUUUCAACAACUCCCAAUGAUAUUUAUCAACAAGUUUAUCAUGAUGAUUCAUCAACGCAUGGUAGUCGAACAUUAGAUUCAAGGUUUAGUCGUGAUAAAUAUGAUUUAUCAGGUGGUGAAAGUACAGAUGAAGAUGAAGAUCAUGAAGAAGAACAAAAUAUUCAAAAUCAAACUCAAGAACAAACACAAAAACCAAUAAAUGGUUCAUCAACAAUGAUUCCACAUGAUAAAGAAAUAAUUGAAAUUGAACAAACAAGAAAUUCCAAACAUGAUAUUGAAUUUGAUGAAUUAGAUAAAAGUAAGUCGCCGGGUAUAGAAAAUAUUUUAUAUAAAGAUAUUCAUGAUAAUAAAAAAGAGGAAGAAGAAGUUGAAGGUUCUAGUGAAUCGAAUCAUAAAAAAGAAAAUCGAGUAAGCUUAGAAAUUUAUCAUAAUGAUAAUAAAAAAAAUAGUAAAAAUAAAAAAAUAAAAAAUCAAUCAGAUGAAUUUGAAAAUGUUAAACGUUAUUCAUCAUCAUUAAAAAUGUAUUUAAAUACACGACAUGCAACUAGUGGUUCACAUUCAAUAUCUAUUACACCAAACGUAAAUAAUUUAAAAAAUGAUAUUAAAGAUGAUGAACAACAAAAAUUAUUAUUAAAACGUUCAAAACAACAACAACGUUCACAUUCAUUACAUAUCGAACGUACAUUAUCAAUAGAUUUAACACAUUCGCCAUCAAGUUCAUCAUCAUCAUCAUUAUUAGAACCACCAAAUAUUGAACGUUUAAUUGGUUCAAAUAUUAUUAAUGAUUAUAAUAAUCAAUUACCAAUAGAAAAUAUAUCACCAUCAUUAGUUUUAGAAAUACGUUCAAAACCUCAUUCAUUACCACGUAUGACAAAUUAUAUUGAAUAUAUUGAUAAACGUAUAUUACCAUCAAUAAACAAUCUAUCAUGGCAAGAUGAUACAAUCGCCAAUGAUCAAAUUAUUUCAUUGUAUGAAAAAGAAUCUUCCGAAGAUUCAAUAGAAUUAGUUCGACAAGUAAUUGAAUCUAUUCUUACACAAAUUGUUGAAGAAGAAAGACAACUAAUCGCUACGGCCGAUCGUCUUGUUGAACAAGCAUGUUCACGCGCAUUGAGUCUAUAUCUUAUGGAGUGUCGUGCACAAAUAUUUGCUGGAUCUUCUCAUAUACCUCAUCAUAAAUCGUGCAUACUAAAAACAGUAAAAACUGAUAAAAAUCAUGAUAAUGAUAAUGAUGCUAAUAAUCUAGCAUCUCGUUUACGUACAAAAUCAAGUCCAGUAAUUGCAACAACAACUGAUUGGACUGAUAUAAGUCGUAAAUUGGCUGCACAAACAUGUUUUGCUGCUUUUCCAAGUGGAAAUAAUUUACAUGAAUUAAAUCGAUCAGAUUUUUCAACAUUUUCAGAAGCUAAACUAAAAUUUUUCAAUAUUAUUUCUAAUGAUGUAAUUCCUUCACAAUCAUCUAUUUCACUUCCUCCACUUCUUCCUCUUUCUACAUCUGUUCCUAAUGUUAUAUCAUCAUCAUCAUCAACACAUUCAUCUCGUGCUUCAUCUGUUUCAUCCUAUGCAUCAUCAAUGCAUGUACCAUGUCCACCUGUACUUGAUAGUCAUUUAAAACGUUAUCAACGUCCAUUAUCAGCACGUCUUCUUGAUUUAAGUGAUGAUUCAGAUUCAAAUCCAACAGCAUCUAUAAGUACUAGUUUAAAAACUUGUAUUAUGCCGACAACAAUAUCUAAUCCUAAUACUUCCUUUCCUCCACCAAUACGUUCACAACGUCGUCUUCAACAACAACAACAACAACAACAACAAAAACGACGUUCAACUGAAGAUCUUAAUUCAUCAAGUGAUGAUUCACUUUCAAAUCAUUUAAAUAAAGCAGCCGGUUAUCGUUCUGUUUUUGUUCAACGAGAUUCAAUAUCAAAAGGACAACAACAAUAUCGUCGUGAAAUCACCGGAUUUGUUAAUAAUCAUCGACCUGUACCACCUAUAAUAAAUAGUACACCACCAAGAAAAUCAUCAACUACUGAUCAACAAUUAAUUUCAGUAGCACAAAGAUUAAGUCUUACUAAACAACCUUCAAUUAUAAAUAAUGAUAAUGCUGAUAUUAAUAGCUCAAGCAAAAGGUCUUCAAUUGGUGAAAGUAUGUUACCGGCUUCUUCUGUUUUAAAAACAUUCAUUAAUCCGAUUGACGAAACGAAUAUUGAUGAGAAUACGACUCGAACAAUCCCAAUUAUUCAUGAAUAUCGUUCACCAACGACAACUUUGAAUAAAAUUGAAUCAAGAACGACAACUGCAUAUCAACAAUCACCGUCCAGAAUAUAUCCAUCGACAUCUUAUCAAAUGACUCAACCAAUGACCGGCAUACCUCGAUUAAUUGGAACUGUACCACCACCACCACCACCACCAUUGACACAAACGCAUUUUCCAACAUCAGUUUCAUCAACAAUGAUAAUAUCAUCUGCACAUGAUCGAGCAUUUUUUAUUUGUAAAGAAUUAUUAAUGACUGAACGAACAUAUAAAAAAGAUAUUGAAGUUAUUGCUGAUAAUUUUCGUCGUGAAUUAAUGUUAAUUAUUAAUGAACAAAAUGAAAUAUAUAUUGAAGAAGAAGAAGAAGAAGAACAACAACAAAAACAACAACAAUAUUAUUUAGAAAAAGAUUCAUUAAUUAAUUUAGCUGAUAUAUUAUUUACACAUUUAGUACCUAUUUAUAAUUUUCAUAUUCAUUUUCUUCGACAACUUGAACAACGAAUAUCACUUUGGGAAAAUCGUUCUAUACCAGGUAAUGAUUGUUUAACUGGAGAAACAAUUAAUCAACAUAUCGGUGAUCUUAUUGUGAAUUUAGUUGAAAUUUUACCAAGAUAUGAAAAUUAUGUAGAAAAUUAUGAUCAUUUAUUAAGUGAACUUGAACAUGUACUUAAACGUAAUCGACGUUUUGAUUUAAUGUACAAAGAAUUCGAAUCACAAAAAUUUUGUUAUUUAUCAUUUAUAUCAUUUUUACUUAAACCAUUACAACGACUUUUACAUUAUGAAUAUUUACUAGAAAAAUUACUUAUACAUUAUAAACACAAUAAUCAUGAAAUUGAUUAUCAAGAUUGUUAUGGAAUUUAUAUUAAAAUUCAAGAUCAUAUUGAAAAUUUUACUGAAUUAUUAACAUUAUUGCAAAAUCGACAAAAAUUAAUUGAACUUCAACGUGAUUUAAUUGGUGUAGAUAAUCUUUCAAUUCAACAUGACCGACAAUUUAUACGUGAAGGUUGUUUACAAAAAUUAUCACGAAAGGGUUAUCAACAACGAAUGUUUUUUCUGUUCUCUGAUGUUUUACUUUAUUGUGCUCGUAGUUCGAGUCCAAUACUUCAAUUUAAAUUACACGGUGAACUUCCAUUAAAAUUAAUGACAGUUGAAGAUAGUGAUGAACGUGUUAAAAUUCCUAAUUCUAUUACAAUACAUACGGGUACUCGAACAUUACUUGUAGCAGCGAGUUCGGAAUCUGAAAAGAAUAAAUGGUUGAAUGAUUUGAAAUCAGCUAUUGAAAAUAUCAAAACCAGUAGUGAUGAACAUAAAACUCAAUAUACAUCUACAUUAAAAUCGAAUGCAUCAUCUGAAAAUCUUGAUCAUUCAAAUGUAGGAACAAUUGAAGAAGAAAAAUUACAUCAAAUAGAACGUUCAUGUAUUCAACAUCGUGCUAAUACAACAAUGCAUGUAUGUUGGCAUAGAAAUUUAUCUGUAUCAAUGAAUGAUCAUCGACAAUCAAUUAAAAAUCAAUUAAGUGGUUAUUUAUUACGUAAAUUUAAAAAUUCAAAUGGUUGGCAAAAAUUAUGGGUUGUUUUUACAAAUUUUUGUUUAUUCUUUUAUAAAACUUAUCAAGAUGAUUUUCCAUUAGCAUCUUUACCGUUGCUUGGUUAUCGUAGUUCAUUACCAUCGGAAACAGAUGGUGUUAAUAAAGAUUUUGUAUUUAAACUUCAAUUUAAAAAUCAUGUUUACUUUUUUCGUGCUGAAAGUCAAUAUGCUUUUGAUCGAUGGAUGGAAGUUGUUUCAAGUACAACAAUAUCAUCGAUACCUGUUACAAACGACUAG